GUGCAUUGGCGGGAGAACUACGCCUCCUUCAUCUUACCUGUUCCCAGAAUACGGUUUAGGGUUACAACCAAACCUAGUGAGGAGGUUGACGCCACCCUGCCGACCUCCUUGGUUUCCUUGGCGAGGGAUCCUCGCCUUGUGCUUCGUGAAAUUCUAUGCUGGGAGGACAAAAAUGCUUACACCGAACACGUCAAGGGCGUUCCUGGCUCUCUGCGUUGUCAAGAGAAGAGAACCUGUCGAAGUCAGCGGCUCCAGCCAUCUCGAUAUUUCUGUCUUUCUAUCGCAAAUAUGGAUUCACUCGUCUGGGGGGAUCCUGGUCCUCUCAUUUCGACCGCCUUUCCGCCUCAUAUUCUAACUCAGAUAUUAAGUUAUAUACCCCCUGAGGACCGGAUCCGGAGUUUGCUAAACCUUAUCCGUCUGUGUGGACAAACCAGACGGGUCAAUAUACGUGAUCUUUUGGUUGAACUCUCGCAGUCUGAUAUUAUGCUGUUCUACGGAUGGAUGGCUCAGAAAGCCAACCACCUGUUGGCUGGUCGGCAAAUUAAAGUGGGUGAACAAACUCCUCGCUUCCCUCCGAUAUUAUUCUUCCGUCCCAACAAGCAGGUUAAUGCAUCCCCUGGGAUUUACUUUACCUAUGAUCCCGCCUUUGACUUCACUCUGCUGGAUCUCAAGUACUGCUUUGCACCGGUGCUGGAGUAUAUCCGAUGUCUGGUGGUAGGUUGUCCAACAAUGGAUGUGUCUUUUGAAGACUUUCUGAAUUCCUGGCAGGAAGGCAGGGGUCAUCCAACUCAUGUGAUCACUCCUCCGGAGGAGAUGUGGCGUGUCUGUUCCAGCGAUUCUGCCGUUUUCACACCUGGACUAGAUUUCUUUUGUACUUUUGAAUGUAGGCUUUGUCAACCCUGGUCUCUGGCCUUGCAUUGAGUUCAACUUUUUUUUUAUUAUUUCAG